AGUAGUAUUGAUCUAUUACCUUCAUUAUUUUCUUCAGCUUGGCGAUCAUUUACAAAUGCCCUUUUCGCCGCCUUGGAGCUUCACAACCACCUCUAAUGGCGACCACCAACAUUUUUCAUUUCUCUUUACCCACCAAAUCUAACCCUUCAGCUCCGCCGUUCAACACUUCUUCUCCUUACUUCCUCCUUUCAUCGCCACUUUCCAGGUCUGUCAAAAUCAUCCGAUGCCUAUCUGUUCACCGAUCAAACGACGAGGGCACCUCUGCUUCCAACAGCACGAACGACUGCCUGCGAGUCGUCCUCGCCGCCGGAGGCACUGGCGGGCACAUUUAUCCAGCCAUCGCCAUUGCUGAUGAGCUCAAACUCGCCUUCCCCACAUCACAAAUCCUCUUUCUAGGAACACCCAACAGCACAGAAAGCGCCGCCGUCCCCUCCGCCGGGUACGAGCUCGAAACGGUUCCGGCUACCAAACUAACUCGCCCCCGUAUCUCCCCCCAAAACCUCCUCCUUCCUUUACAUCUGAUCAAAUCCGUGGUUGCGAGUUACAAAAAACUCCACGAUUUCAAACCCCACGUUGUCAUCGGCACUGGUGGGUACGUCUCGUUCCCGAUUUGCCUUGCUGCAAGGCUGAUUCAUGGGGUCAAGCUCGCAAUCCAAGAACAGAACUCGGUUCCAGGAUUUGCGAAUUGGGUUCUUUCUCAUUUUGCAGAUGUGGUGUUUGUUGUAUUGAACUCCACGGUUGAGUGCUUUCCAAGGAAGAAAAAGUGUUUGGUUUGUGGGAAUCCAGUGAGAUUGGCAUUGAGACAGUAUAUUUCGAAGGCUGUGGCACGUUUGCAUUUCUUUCCAAGAUCGGGGAAAGUUGAGGAUUUGGAGGCUAAGGUGGUGCUUGUUCUUGGAGGGUCUUUGGGAGCCAAUGCCAUUAACAUAGCCAUGCUGAAUCUGUACUAUCAGAUGUUGUUAGAAAACAAGAACUUGUACAUCAUAUGGCAGACUGGCGUGGAAACAUUUGAUGAAAUGGACAGCCUUGUGAAGAACCAUUCCCAUCUGCAUUUAACGCCGUUCAUGCAUUCUCUGCAUUUGGCAUAUGCAGCUGCAGAUCUGGUUGUUUCUAGAGCAGGGGCCAUGACUUGCUCUGAGAUCCUAGCUACUGGAAAGCCUUCUAUAUUGAUACCCUCACCAUAUGAAGAUGAGGGGCAUCAGUUCAGAAAUGCUUCAAUAAUGGCUGACAUGGCUGGUUCAACCGUCAUCAAUGAAGAUGAACUAGAUUCAACUACGCUUGCGAUUGCAAUUCAAGAGAUAUUGGGUGAUGAGAGUAAAAUGGCAGCUCUGUCCGAGAGAGCAUUGAGAGUAUCAAAACCAAAUGCCGCUGCUGAAAUUGUUCAACACAUUGGAAACUUAAUAAGAUGAAAGAAUUUUACGAUCAACAUCGGUCAGCGCUGAAGUAGGGCCCACCGUCAACGUGAAAAAGUCAAAACUUGGUCAAGUAGGACCCACUGAGAUGUGUGAAUUACGGGUCACG